AUGGGAAAGUCAAGACAAGAUGCUGCAUCUAAAGCAGAUUGUGGGAAUUCUACAAAUGCAAGGCACACUAGAUCAUCCUUGGUUAAUCCUACAUUACCAAUUCCAACACAGUUCCCAAAAAACAUGGUAGUAAAAUCAAUAAUUGCCUUCAGAGCUGUACUUGUAGGAGGAGUAGCAAUAUUUGCAAAAUUAGUUGGUGCAAUGAAGGCUACUAGUGGUGUUAAUCUUGGGACCGCUUCAACAGCUGUCACCGUAGGCUAG